AUCAAGGAGGCAGGAAGAAAACCAUACAGAGAACUGGAGAGAGAAAUCCAUUGUGUGUCACGCUGAUGACCUUCAUGAAACCCCAAACGCACACCGGAGAGAAGCCGUAUAAAUGUUCAGAGUGUGGAAAGAGCUUCCGCCAGAGCAGAAACCUUACUUCCCAUCAACGGAUCCAUACAGGGGAGAAGCCAUUUAAAUGCUUGGAAUGUGGAAAGAGCUUUAGUUGGAAUUCAAACCUUACUUCACACCAGCGGAUCCACACAGGGGAGAAGCCGUACAAGUGCUUGGAAUGUGGAAAGAACUUCUGUGAUAGCACACUCCUUACUAGACAUCAGAUAAUCCACACAGGGGAGAAGCAUUUUACAUGCUUGGAAUGUGGGAAGAGCUUCCGUCAGAGCAGGAACCUUACUUUACAUCAGAGAAUACACACAGGGGAGAGGCCAUACAAGUGCUUGGAUUGUGGGAAGAACUUCCAUCGGAGAACACACCUUACUUCCCACCAACGAAUCCAUACAGGAGAGAAGCCAUUUAAAUGCUUGGAAUGUGGAAUGAGCUUCAGCUGGAAUUCAAAUUUUACUUCACAUUACAGGAUUCACACAGGAGAGAAACCACAUAAGUGUGUGGAGUGUGGGAAGAGCUUCUGUACCACCACACAACUUGCAUCACAUCAUAAGACUCACACGGGAGAGAAACCUUUCAAGUGUUCAGAGUGUGGAAAGAGCUUCUCAGAUAGCACUCUCCUUACUAGACAUCAGAUAAUCCACACAGGGGAGAAACCAUUUAAAUGCUUGGAAUGUGGAAAGUGCUACAGUCAGAGGUCAAGUCUUACUUCACAUCGGAGAAUACACAGAGAUGCCCUAAGACAGAAGCCAUACAAAUGUUUGGAGUGUGGGAAGUGCUUCAGUAACAGCACACAGCUUAUUUUACAUCAGAGAAGCCACACAGGAGAGAAACCUUACAAAUGCUUGGAGUGUGGAAAGAGCUUCAGUGAUGGCACACUUCUUAACAGGCAUCAAAUAAUUCACAAAGAGGAGAAACCAUAUAAAUGUUCAGACUGUGGUAAGAGCUUCCGUCAGAGCCGAAACCUCACUUUACAUCAGAGAAUCCACACAGGGGAGAAACCAUAUAAGUGCUUGGAUUGCGGAAAGAGCUUCCACCAGAGAACACACCUUACUUCCCAUCAGCGAAUCCACACGGGAGCAAAACCGUUUAAAUGUUUGGAAUGUGGAAAGAGCUUCAGUUGGAAUUCAAGUCUUACCUCUCAUCACAGAAUCCAUACAGGAGAGAAACCGUACAACUGCUCGGAGUGCGAGAAAAGCUUCUGUACCACCUCACAACUUGCAUCGCAUCGGAAAACCCACACAGGAGAAAAACAUUACAAGUGUUUGGAGUGUGGAAAGAGCUUUUGUGACAGCACACUCCUUACGAGACAUCAGAUCACCCACACAGGGGAGAAGCCGUUUAAAUGCUCAGAAUGUGGAAAGAGUUACAGCCAGGUUUCAAGUCUCUCUUCUCACCGGAAAGUCCACAGAGAUGCUACAGUGCAGAAACCAUACAAAUGCUUGGAGUGUGGAAAGAGUUUCAGCAAUAGCACGCAACUUAUUUUACACCAGAGAAUCCACAUGGAAGAGAAGCCUUAGGAAUGGUUUGUAGUAACACAGCAGAGGAUUUGCAU